AGAAAACGAAACUGAAUCCUAUCAGUGUUUGUUGUAAAAUGGCAGAAGCCAGUGUCGCAGUGGAUCAGAACCUAUUCACCUGUCCAAUCUGUCUGGAUCUACUGAAGGAUCCAGUGGCUACAGCCUGUGGUCACAGUUACUGUAUGAGCUGCAUUAAGAGCUGCUGGGAUCAGGAGGAUCAUGCUGGAGUUUACAGCUGCCCCCAGUGCAGACAGACCUUCACACACAGACCUGUUCUGGGCAGAAACACCAUACUGGCUGAGGUGGUGGAGAAACUGAAGAAGACUCCUGCUGACCAUUAUGCUGGACCUGGAGAUGUGGAGUGUGAUUUCUGUCAUGGGAGAAAACGCAAAGCUGCCAAGUCCUGCCUUGGGUGUCUGGCCUCUUACUGUGAAACUCACCUCCAGCCUCACUAUGAGUCUCCAGCUUUUAAGAAGCACAAGCUGACUGAUGCCACUGGACGUCUGCAGGACAAGGUCUGUUCCCACCAUGACAAACCCCUGGAGGUCUACUGCCGUACCCACCUGCAGUGUAUCUGUCAUCUCUGUACGAUGUAUGAACACAGAGGCCAUGAUACAGUCUCAGCUACUGUACAAUGGACAGAGAUACAGAAAAAAAUGGGUGAAACACAGAAGGAAUUUCAGCAAAGAAUUCAGAUGAGCCAAAAGGACCUGCAAGUGCUGAGAGAGGCUGUGGACUCAAUAACAGUGAGUAUGAACCUGAAGAGAUGAUAACAGCUGAG